AAGAGAGCAGCAGCUGCGACCUGCGUCGGAUCUACAAAAGAACGCCUCUCUGAGAAUAUUAGGGUUUCCAGGAAUCGAUCGAAGCAAUGGCGAUGGCUGCCUUUAGACGAGAAGGGAGGCGUUUCGCCCCUCUAAUCACCCCCCGUCCUAUCGCCGCCGUCCGAUCCUCUCCCAUUCCUGAGGAGCAGGCCCCUCUUGGAGUUCGCUCUAUUUCAACUCAAAUAGUCAGAAACCGGAUGAAGAGUGUCAAGAACAUCCAGAAAAUUACAAAGGCAAUGAAAAUGGUUGCAGCUUCAAAGCUACGAGCAAUUCAAACUAGAGCUGAAAAUUCCCGUGGCCUAUGGCAGCCAUUUACCGUACUGCUUGGCGAUUCUCCUAGUGUUGAUGUAAAGAAGAAUGUUAUUGUUACUAUUUCUUCAGACAAAGGUCUAUGUGGUGGAAUUAAUUCUACAUCAGUCAAGAUUAGCAAGGCUCUUCAUAAGUUUACUUCUGGGCCUGAGAAGGGAACAAAAUAUGUUGUUUUGGGAGAAAAGGCAAAGGCUCAGCUGAUGCGUGAUUCAAAGAAGGACAUUGAGCUAUGCAUAACUGAAUUGCAGAAAAAUCCUCUGAAUUAUACACAGGUUUCUGUUCUUGCUGAUGAAAUCUUAAAGAAUGUGGAGUAUGAUGCUUUGAGAAUUGUUUUCAACAAGUUCCGUUCAAUUAUCUCAUUUGCACCAACAACGUCAACAGUGUUAUCUCCUGAGGUUGUGGAGAGAGAGGCUGAGGCUGGGGGAAAACUGGGUGAUCUGGACUCCUACGAAAUUGAAGGUGGUGAGACGAAGGGAGAAAUACUUCAGAACCUAGCGGAGUUCCAGUUUUCUUGUGUUUUGUUCAAUGCUGUAUUAGAGAAUGCUUGCAGUGAGCAAGGUGCGAGGAUGUCUGCCAUGGAUAGCUCCAGCAGAAAUGCUGGCGAUAUGCUUGAUCGUCUCACGCUUACUUACAACAGAACCCGUCAAGCUGCAAUCACCACAGAACUGACUGAGAUUAUAUCUGGAGCAUCAGCACUGGAGGGCUAAUUGCACAACAUACCCCACUGCUGCUCCACCCCCAGACAGCGACGAAAUAAAAAACUUCGGUGUAAGCUUAAUUCGCAGACGGUCGUGAUACGUUUGAGGCAAUUUUUUUUUUUUGGUAUUUCCUCUUUCCAAUUGAGCAAUUCUAAUAAUCUCCCGGAUCAACUGCUGUGCUCAGGAUUUAGGAAUCAGCAUCUUUCCAUCUGGGAUUCCUUGUUCAUAAUCAACUCUUCUAUUUUUGUGGCUUAUAUUUUACUUGGAUGGUUAUGGUUUGAGGAUAAUUGUUCAUUCUCA